CCUCCAGGUUUGAGGCUAAGGAAGACAGAAGCAUGGAGCUGAGACCUUCAGUGUUUUGUAGUUUGACAACUUCAUAGAAAUGCUUCCUUUGCUAAUUUUCUCUGUUAAUAAGCUCGAAACAUUCAGAUAUAAGUCCCGUCUCAUGCAGGUCUGAAUCUACCAUGGAGCCCACGCUGCAUCAGAUCUGGCCCAAAGUCGUCCAGCGCCUCCACAGAACUUCAUUCCUUCACAGGAGGGGCCACUCGGGCUGCGCUGCUGAACACGUCACCGACCCGGCCUCCACCAGCUCCAGACACAUCCAUAAGCCCGGACUCCUGGUGUCUCGCCUCUACCAGCCUGCAAACCUGCGUGAUGUGGGGGCGGACACGCGUCUACAGGGAGAGAUGACGUGUAAGAGCCAGAGGCUCAUGCAGCAGGCUGGGCUUAUCCAUCCAUCCAACCCCGGGUGUUAUUACUACCUUCCUGCCACUGUGCGCUCCAUGGAGAAGCUGGUAAGAAUCAUUGACCAGGAGAUGCAGGGCAUAGGUGGACAGAAGCUGGACAUGCCCAGUCUGUGCUCAGCUGAUCUCUGGAAAACCAGUGAGCGCUGGGAUCUGAUGGGAAAGGAGCUGCUCCGUCUGAAAGAUCGCCAUGGAGCCGACUACUGCCUGGCCCCGACACACGAGGAGGCAGUGACCACUCUGGUGGCCCACCAGACGACUCUCUCCUACCGACAGCUCCCUCUACUUCUCUACCAGAUCACUCGGAAGUUCAGGGACGAACCGAAGCCGAAGUUCGGUCUGCUCCGAGGGCGCGAGUUUUACAUGAAGGACAUGUACUCGUUCGACUCGAGUGAGGAAGCAGCUUUUGAGACUUAUGAAUCUGUGUGCGCGGCGUAUGCCAGGCUCUUCACCCGGCUGGGUCUGCGGUGUGUUCAGGUGCAGGCGGACACGGGUAACAUCGGGGGUAAGCUCUCCCACGAGUUCCAGCUGCCGGCGGACAUCGGAGAGGACAGGCUGCUGGUCUGUGGGAGCUGCUCCUUCUCUGCUAAUGUGGAGACCCUGGCUUCAGACAGAACGGAGUGCCCGCAGUGCAAAACUGGCACACUGGUGGAGUCAAAGGGGAUCGAGGUCGGCCAUACCUUUUACCUAGGUAAAAAGUACUCUGAUGUUUUCAACGCCACCUUUAGCAAUGCACAGAACAAGCCUUGUGUCGCAGAGAUGGGAUGCUAUGGUCUUGGGGUGACCCGUAUUCUAGCGGCCGCCAUUGAGGUGAUGUCAACAGAAGACGCGAUCCGUUGGCCAGGCCUCAUCGCCCCGUACCAGGUGUGUGUUUUACCCCCCAAAAAAGGCAGUAAGGUCAACGAGGUCGAUCUUAGCGAGGAACUAGUCCACACUUUGGGAGAGACUCUGCCUCGUUUGAGAGGUGAAGUAGUCCUCGACGACCGCACACAGAUGACCAUCGAGAGGCUGAAGGAUGCCAGCAGACUAGGCUACCCGUAUGUUGUUGUGGUGGGACAGGCAGCUGUGGAGGAAACCUCCAGGUAUGAGGUGAUCUGUCAGCAGACAGGUGAGACGAUGUUUCUCAGUAAAGAUGGACUGUUAGAUCUCCUGGGACGAGUGGAAACUGUGUGAUUAAAAACUGUGGAUGGGGUAUUAAAUGUUUUUGCAUUCUUUGUAAAAGGAAAAAUGUAAAAUAUUCAAUAAGUGAGGGGGAGGGGCAGGAAGAAUAAGGCCUUUUAUGUGAAGUUUUUUUUACUUUUAAGUUUUGUCUUACGCCCCCCAAAGAUAGAAGCCAUGAUGUAUUGAUUAGAUCACUUUUCUUUACCAUGUUUUUAUAAACCAUAAAGUCAAAUUUUCCCUUUUUUUUAUGUUCCUGUGAUAAUAAAGAAACAUGAUCUCACACCAGUGAACAGAAA